GGAGGAAGGUCAACAAUGGCCUCUGCAAGAAAGGUAACCGACAAGCGACAUAACCCAGUGGAAAGCAUUUGCAGAAAAAUCAGAGCCAUCCAAAAGAGAGAAGAGAUUUCAGAUCCGAUUCAACAGAUUAUCAAAUACCAAUCUAGCCGUUUUGACGGUCCACAGACUAACUUCAAGAAAGAUUUUGAAGAGGUCCUGACGAAAAUGGCUGCUGCUAUUCCCUGGCCCAACACACGUUUCUCACAUUCUGAGAAAGAUGAUGCCUUCAUUUCAUAUCCUCAAAUAGCGUUUCCAAGAACCCUAACCGUUUCUCCUCUCUGCUCUCCUGAGAAUACAACAUACUCUGUUCCCUUCACAAGUUCAGAAAACCUCUCAAGGCCAAGAUCACAGAGCUCUCAGCAUUACACAUCUUUGGUAUCACAGACCAGGAAAGGGGAGCACUUCUCUAACAAGGAUUUGAAUAACUAUUCUAGUGAAAAUAACUUAAGUGCCUUAAUACUUGACUUUGAUUCAACCUCUGAAAAGUGCUCUGAAUGCUUUACUUCUCAGGAUUCAGUGGGGAAAAACUUAUCUCUAAACGAAGCUGGAUGGAAACUAGGAAACGAUAAUGUCAAGAAAGAUGUAACCUACAGCACUAAGAGGACUUGUGAAGAGUUACUCACAAGUAUUUUUCAUGCAUGUGACACAAAAUGCAGAGGCUCAGUUGGAAUUGCCAAUAUAAUAGACUACCUGAGACAGACAACUCGUCAAAAUUCUGAAGAUGGUAGACUUGAGGAGUUAUGGAACAUGCUUGAUCCUGAAAAGAGAGACCUGCAUGUGGAUCUGGAAACUUUUCAUACCAUCAUGAAAGAAUGGAUGGCUUGCUGUAGAAACAAAUGGGAAGGAAUGAGUACUGGAUCAAGUAGCAGGAUUGAUGAUUCUGUUUUUGAACAGGACAGCAUCAAAUCAAGCAGAGCAAUUAAGAUGACCACAGAUAAAACAGAAUCUACGUCAUGGAGCUUCGAGGCUUUGGGUGGAGAUGUGUCUAAAGGAGUCUUAGAGGUGUCUCAUUUGAUUACCUAUGCAGCAGACCUACAUUUUAACAGGCAGAAAUUGGAGGAAGAAAAUAAUAAGUUAAAACUGGCAUUAGAAACCUUGGAAGAAGCUAACUGCCAGUUAUCAGAAGAGUGUACUGAACUGCGCCUUCAGAUAAAAAGUGCUCACCAGGCUAAUAUGAGAACGAAUCUGUUAAAAGAAGAACUGGAGGAACUGAAAAUUAGUAUGAAUGCUUCAGAAGAGCAGAAGACCAUGAUUGUAGCUCAGAACAAACAAUUAGAGACAGAAAACCGGGCUCUGAUUCUUAAGAUUCGGAUUCUCCAAGAAGAGAAUACUAAGAACAUUAUGGAUAUCUAUAAAUUGGAAAAGAAGAUUGAGGAAUUGUCUAAAACUGAGACUGAGCACCAAAUGCAGUUACACAUAUAUGAGAACACUUUGCUUAAUAAAGAUGCAAGUUUGCAGAAGAAGGAUUUAAGUAUAGAAGAACUUAAGUCAACCAUCAUAGAAUAUGGAAACAUUAUAGAGAAUUUACGAGGGGAUAAAAACAAACUGGCUCAUGAAUUACAGCACUUGCAACAGGAACUUAUCUUAAAUGGGAUCCAGCUGAAUGUUAGUGAAGAGUGUAAUAGUAUCAUCUCUGAAGAAGAAAAAUCUUUACAUUGUGAACUCACUCUUGCUCAAUCUGCAGAGGACAAUGAAGUUGAGUGGCAGUGCAGUUUCACCAGUUUGUCAUCUCUGGAUAUGUUGAUGGACCAAGAAAUGCUAUUACUGAGAAAAUUUGAACAAAAGGGAGUGGAAUUCACAGCUGUCCUUCAAAAGCUGCACAAAGAAGUUUCUGAAGUUGAAACCCUCAUGGAUAGCUCUCUACAGUGGGUAACUGAUCCAGAAUUUACUGUGAAAAAAAAGUGGGAGAACAAGCUUACUGAAGUCAAAUAUAAAAUGGAAGAGAAACUAAAUCUUUGCAUAUUAACGCUGAACACCUUGGGAAGCCAGAAAAAAUCUCUUGAUAAAGAAUCUGUCAAAUUAAUAGAGAUUUUGAAGAGAUUCAGGCUGGAAUAUUUUUAUUUCAGAAAAGAAUUCCUUUCCAGGCAGAAACAACUAGAAGCCCUUGAACAACUGCAAGAAGAUGCUGUCAACCCGGAAGCUGACCUUAGGAAGAAGGUCCACGGAACCAGCCCAUGGCUGGAGGACGGAGAAGAGCAGGUUGAGGAUCGAGAUCGGGCAGCCCACUCAGCCAGUGACAAAGCUAAGUCUUUGCUGCAUAAAUUAGAGGACGCAAUUUCGGAACAACGGAAUCUUCAGACUAUAAAUACUGAGUUAGUGAAUACUUGCCAGACACUUGAGCGGAAGACAAGAAAAUUGAAAACAACAGUUGAGUCACUGAGAAAGAAGUUAAUUAAAGGACGACGCCAUGGCUUACCGUUUCAGAGCUGUUUAGAUGAGGAAUUUCCUCACUAUGAUCCCCUGUCCUGCACGGAUGGAAUUCAACAACCUCUUCAAGAAAAACUGAAGCAGUGUUGCCAUAAACAAUAUAGCAGUCAAGAAGCAAGAAUACAUCAGGCACCCCUGACUUUCAAACAUACAUGCUGGUACACACCUCUUCUGGAUGCCUUGCAUCUAGAGAGUCUUACAGUGAUUCCAAGACUGGAGUUGACACCUUUCUCAGGUGUAGCCAACCGAAUCCCAGAUGCAUGUGAAAGGCCCAACCAUGUGAAAAUAGAGGAUGGUGCUUUGGAUGUGACUAGAAGACACAAGUGCCCAGGCCCUGAAGUUGGCCCCCACUCAGGAACAGAUCUUUCAGGUUGCCUCAGGAUGAAUGAUGAUCUAAGGAUGGAAGAGAAUGGUGUUGAAUGCUUGUAUCCUAAGAGCCUGCCACAGUCCAGGGAAUAUUCCACACUAUCAUCUCCUGGACACACUUCAUCCACAGAGAGUAUUGUGACUUCAAGUGAUUCUGGGUCAGAAAUUUUGAAUAUGGCUUCUGGUGACCUUGUCUGUAAGUCACUCUGUGAGAAAGAGGAGGAUACAGGAUCAGCUUCUUCUAUGAUAAAGAUCACAGGCAAAAGUCCAGCUCAUGACAAUACUGCACCCCAAGGCUCUGUGAGUGAGGACAAAACCACAUUAAAUCUGGAAGCUAAAGAGGAACCAAAAACAAUAGAUGAGCAUAGAAAAGAAUGUGCCGCGGGAGUUGCUGCUGUUUCCUCUCUCCCUGUAACCACUGUGAAAUCGGUUAACUUUAAACAAAGUGACAACACUUCUGCUAAUGAGAAGGAGGUUGAGGCUGAAUUUCUCAGAUUAUCUUUGGGAUUUAAGUGUGACUGGUUCACCUUGGAGAAAAGAGUAAAGCUUGAAGAAAGAUCACGAGACUUGGCAGAAGAAAAUUUGAAGAAAGAAAUCACUAACUGUUUAAAGCUGUUAGAGUCUUUAACACCACUUUGUGAAGAUGACAACCAUGCCCAGGAAAUUGUUAAGAAGCUGGAGAAGAGUAUUACUUUCCUUAGCCAGUGCACUGCACGAGUGGCCAGUAGGGCUGAGAUGCUUGGAGCCAUUAAUCAGGAAAGCCGAGUUAGUAAAGCAGUUGAAGUGAUGAUUCAGCAUGUAGAAAACCUGAAGAGAAUGUAUGCCAAAGAGCAUGCUGAAUUAGAAGAACUGAAACAGGUUCUUCUGCAAAAUGAAAGGUCUUUUAAUCCUCUUGAAGAUGAAGAUGACUGCCAAAUUAAAAGACGCUCAUCUUCUCUAAACUCCAAGCCAUCUUCUCUUCGGAGAGUGACCAUUGCCUCUUUGCCCAGAAAUAUAGGAAAUGCAGGAAUGGUGGCUGGGAUGGAAAAUGACCGAUUCAGUAGGAGGUCAAGCAGCUGGCGUAUUUUGGGGUCAAAGCAGAGUGAACACCGUCCCUCAUUACAUCGAUUUAUUAGCACCUAUUCCUGGGCAGAUGCUGAAGAAGAAAAAUGUGAACUAAAAAGUAAAGACUCAGAACCAUCUGGAGAAGAAACAGUAGAAAGGACAAGAAAGCCAAGUCUUUCUGAAAAGAGAAAUAAUCCAUCAAAAUGGGAUGGUUCCUCAAUUUAUGACACAAUAGCUUCCUGGGCAACAAAUCUCAAGACUUCCAUCAGAAAAGCUAAUAAGGCACUCUGGCUUUCUGUUGCAUUCAUUGUACUGUUUGCAGCUCUGAUGAGCUUCCUCACAGGACGAUUUUUCCAGAAGUCUGUGGAUGCUGCUCCCACACCAGAUGGGGACUCCUGGAUGUCUCUAGAACAAAUCUUGUGGCCAUUUACUAGACUCCAACACAAUGGGCCACCACCAGUGUGACCAGAGCACAUCUCAAUGUAUGUGUCUUCAUUUUUAAAGUUUCAGUAUCUGAACUUUGUAAAUUAGUCAUUUUUAGCUGGGAAAUUAUAGCAUAGAACCAGAGGGUCUCAGAAGGACUGCAAGAUAUUUUACAUUCCCUCUUUCUGUGAUUUCCUCCCAAAUAAAAUAUAAUGGGGAGGAAGCCUA